UUCUUGCUUCUGUCAUGAGAUAAAUAAGCACAUUUAAGUUGCUGUUUGGUGAAGAGUUUUAUGAGAAAUAUGUAUAGAUCAGCUUGAAGAUUUCUUUAGAAAUUUAGCCUGUAUAACCGCUUUGUAGAUAUAUGGAGCGUCGAGAUCAAAAUAUCGCUCUAGCUACUUUUUCCGAGUGGGUGCGCACCAUUUAUGUCUUCUCAGCAGGGCUUAUAAAAGACAAUAAUCAUCUGGUUUACUGAGGGUGGCUGGUCUGUGUUACCCUAAGUGGAAAAAAGUCUUACUUUCGAAUAGAGACACUUAAAAUCUGUACCGAAUCCAAUAAUAUCCGAUCUUAUAUUUCAUUACACUGUACCAAAGAAACAGGAGCACCCGCCCCUCAUUUCUAGGCCAGCUCGUGCGCUUGAACUAUGGAAAAGAAACAGACCCCUAUUAGAGGUCACGUGACAAGAAAAACCUAAACAAACGCGCGGAAGUUGGUUCAAAAAAUUUACAAAAUUAUUCUUGAAGUGUUUGUAAUGUCAGACGUGGAAUUGUGCAGAGAAGAAGCAGAGAGAAACCAGUUGGCACGUCAACAUUUUCAGCGUCGUUUAUUGUGUGCAGCAUUGGGGGGAUUUUCUCUCAACGUCACGCGGAACAAAACCCACCGAGUGAACAACAACGUGGCUGUCCAACACUGUCAACAAACAAUGAUGGGAAAACAUUGGGAACAGUGGAAGGAGCGCCUGGAGGAGGCUGAAGAUGAGAAUUAUCAACCCCUAACUGAGAAGGCUCAGAUCAACUACCGGAUUUCUCUGCUGAGGAGCUUUUUUCACAUCUGGAGAAAGAAACUUGCUGAACAGAGACAUAUGCAGAGAAUGGAGAGUCGUGCAGACGUGUGGUUUUCUGAGCGCAUUUUAUCUGAAUAUUUCAAGUCAUGGGUGGAGCUGACUCAUCAAGAACAGAGAAGACAUGUAGCUGAGGCUUUUGACCGCCAGCGUGUGACCACCUGGGUGAUGGACACCUGGUGGAGACAGUUAGAGACACACAAAGAGGAGAUGCUCUCAGAGCGGAUGACAGUUCUCCACGCCGAGCAGCAUCACCUGCAGAGCGCCUGGGCUCGAUGGAGACGGCUCACGAGGCAGCACAUGGAAGAGGCAGAGAAGGAGGAGGCUGGGCGUCACCUGGACGUUCACAGACUCCUCAGUGACGCGGUGGCGCAGUGGAAGAGUAACAGCUGUAAGAUACGAGACAGGAGAGACCGAGAGCAGCAGGCCUGUCGUCAUGGUGACUUGUGCUGCGUGAGAUGGGCUGUAGAGAAAUGGAAAAAGUUUGUACAAAUCCAGAGAAAGAAGAGAUGCAAGAUGAAAGAAAUCCAAAGUUACCAUGAAGUCAGACUCCUCAAACGCUUCUUUGAGGCCUGGAAGAAACAUCACAUCCUGGUGACUCAGGUGGACGAACAAGCGGACGAAGUUUACAGUCUGAAAACUCGCCGUUUUCUCAGGAAGGUUUUAAACACAUGGAGAGAAAAAGCGGCGCUGCUGGGUGAGGCUCAGGUGGCCGAGCACCGAGCCCAGAACCACCUUCAGAGAUCUCUUCAGCUGAAGGUCUUCCUCACUUGGAGAGAAGCAACAGCUGGUGCAGUGUUGAAGCAGCGCCAGCAGAGGGCAGCAGUCAGUCAGACUCAACAGGUCAUAAAUCAAGCGCUCCUGCUGCACUCUUUCAGACACUGGAGGAAACGAACCAGAGAGGCCCGGAGGCAGAGGAGGAACAUGGAGAGAGCCGCACAGCAUCACAACUCCAAACUGGUCUGUAAAACUCUUACAGCCUGGAACAAGUUUCACCAACAGCAGCGGAGAAAAAAGGUGAUGAAACGGCAAGGUCUUCUGCUGCUGAGGCUAAAGAUGUACCAGAAGUUCUUUGAGCUGUGGAAAAUAAAGCUGCAGCACAGGCGGCGAGAAGCUAACCAGAUGGAACAAGCUCUCUGGCACUGGUCCCUCACCCUUCAGGCCAAGGUGCUGUGUGUGUGGAGGCUGUGGGUCUCAGAGCAGCGCAGCAAUCGAGAGCAGGCAGCCAGAGCUGCUCAGGUGUACAGAGCCCAGCUGCUGCGGGAGGGUGUGUCGUGUAACCUCACAUACGCAGCGCACAUGAACGAUCUCACAACGAGCCUAACGCAGUUCAGCCAAGAACAAAGAUCACAGCAUCUGCAGAGUGUCGUUAAACGUUGUGCCAUGAGGUGGAAGCAACAGGCUCUGUGCAAACCGCCAAAAGAGCAACAGGCCCAACCUCCGAAAAAGAGUGUGACCUUCUGUCUGACCGAGCCUGCAUUUGGCCGCGUUCUUACAUCUGACUCAGAGGAGCAGGAAGAUGGAGCUCUCAGGCGAGACUCGCAUCAGAGUCCACUUGUAUCUACUGAAACAUAUGCAGCCGACUCAACCUUGGAAAACCAAAACCGAGACAUUCUUCUGCCUCCUUCUGCCUUCAUGACCUCAGGGACUCAAAAUAAAUUGGACCAGUCCAGCUCCUCUAGUCCUGAAGAGACUCUACUCAUGCGUUUUUAUCAUCCAACCCCUCCUGUCAAUUUCCGCCCAUCAGCUUGUCCAGACUCAAAUAUGAGAACCGUCAGAAGAGCAUGUGAGAAUCCUUGUGUGGAUGAUGAAUCGGCUCUGACACGAGAGCUUCUCAGCAUUCAGCAGGACAUGAGGAGCUUCCAGCAGAGCAGGAAGCAGCUUCGAGCAUGGCGAAAGCUGAAAAACGUGUUAAAGAGCUGGCUGCAGACAAGCGCAGAGGAAGAACAACCGGAAACGAAUGCAGUUGGUGAAGAGUUGAAUGAGCUGGAGGAGCGCAUCAAAAUCCUCUCCACUGAGCUGGACCGAAGGAAACCAACGAUGCUUCUUCAUGCAGAGAAAAUACAACAUCUACAGUCGCUUCUCCAUGCUUCAGGAGUUCACUCUGUCUGCUGGGAAUGAAAAAGGAAACAAGAAAUGUUCAUUUAACUCACUUUGGACCGUUCGUCCACUUCUCUAAAGACAAGCUAAAGCACAACCAAACAACAUAUUUAGCUAAAAUGUUGUGUUUUUUUUUUUUUGCAGACCCUUUAAUUCUUGCAGUUUUCAUCCUUAUUAGCUAUUUUAGGUAAAUCAACCCAAUAUUCUAGUUAAAUAAAACUAAAAAAGUCCUGAAAUUCUUCAUCAUAUAUGAAAAACACAUUAAAGUACUUCAAAGUGUAAUUUGUAAAAUAUUGGAUGUGGGUCCUCCUUGUGGCAGAUGGUGUUAAAUAUUUUCCAUAUGUGUGCAAAAAGUGACUUUUCAGAGGAGUUGCCGUUACACAAUAAGCCUUCUUCUCCGUACGAACCAGAGCUUCAGAUAUUCUGGAGAAGCCGCGUGAGAAAAUCAGGUGCUUCAGACUAAGAAGAGAACUUCUAUCUGCUGCUGUUUUAUCUGAAUCAUUGGAUCCACAGAAGCCUAAAAUGAGAGGAUUAUGUAAGAUUUUACUGUUUAUCAGUGUCUGCUGCAUCAGGGGUGAGUGUCGCUGCAUCGUUUUUUUUGUUUGUUUGUUAAGCCCAUCGACAUUAAUAUAUACAUUAAGGUUAAGCCUCAUUGUGACAUCAUUGUUCAGAGUGAUAUUUGUAUUGCAGAUUUUGUGGUCUCUUUUUUUCACCAGAACUUUAUUAAAACAUUACAGUUUUUCUAAAAACAGCAUUCUCCUUUUGCACAAAGCUGCUUAAAAGUGACCAUU